UCAUUGUAGUUUUUUCCCGCGCCCGAUCAAACAAUUAAUUUUCAAGAAGAGGUGAAAUAAAUAUCAAAAAGAUGCCUUCGGAAAGCAAUGAGACGCCUGUGAAAUCAAAUUAUUCUCCAGACACACUGCCAGAAUUGCUACCAGUUUACUAUAAAAGGUUAUUUCCGUUUGGACCAUACUACAGAUGGCUUAAUUAUGGGGGAGCUCCAAAGAGUUACUUCUUGAAUCGUGAGUUUUCCUUCACGCUUGAGAAUGACAUCUACAUCCGAUACCAAUCGUUUAGUGACCAGAAUGAAAUGGAGAAAGAGAUACAGAAGAGAUGUCCAUACAAGAUUGAUAUCGGAGCAGUGUUCACACAUAAGCCCAAAGAUCAUCGGACAUUAAAGGCCGCCGCAUUCCAAGCUCAAGAGAAAGAACUGGUCUUUGAUAUAGAUAUGACAGAUUACGAUGAUGUCAGAAGUUGUUGCCAGGGUGCAGACAUAUGCUCCAAAUGCUGGCCUCUGAUGACGAUAGCAAUCAAGAUUGUGGACAGUGCCCUCUACGAAGACUUUGGCUUUGAGCAUCGGUUGUGGGUGUACUCCGGUCGCCGUGGUGUUCAUUGUUGGGUGUGCGACGAGGCUGCUAGAAAGCUAUCUCAGAAUGCUCGGUCAGCAAUUGCAGAAUACCUCAGCAUCGUCAAGGGAGGAGAAAAUCAGGUCAAGAAAGUAAGCCUACCAGACCAGCUACAUCCAUCAGUAGAGAGGGCUAAACAGGUGAUUGUUAGCUACUUUGAGGACUACGCUCUCAAUAAACAGGAUAUCCUCGGCGACAAGGAGUCAUGGAAGAAAGUUCUAGCCCUCGUUCCAGAUGAUACUCUUAGAGGUCAUCUAGAGAAUGAUAUGACAAAGGGGUCAAACUCCUUGGAGAGGUGGAAGCUCCUUAGAGAGCGGGUCAGCAGAGAAGUCUCGGUGGGUCGGGCCAAGCGAUGCGGUCAGCUGGUAGCGGAGAUUGCCUUCCAGUACUGCUACCCCAGACUGGACGUUAACGUGAGUAAGGGCGUCAACCAUCUGCUCAAGAGCCCCUUCUGUGUCCAUCCUAAAACUGGGCGUGUCUGUGUUGCCAUGGAUACGGCCGAGCUCGAUCGAUUUGACCCGUUGGCCGUGCCUGAUAUCAGCCAACUGUGCCUUGAAAUUGACGAGUACGAUCGUAAGAACCAACCAACAGAGAACGAUGAAAAUCAGCCUCCAACAAAGAAGAGAAUAAAAGACUACAAGAAGACGAGCCUCCUGAAAAACGUUGAGGUCUUUGAGAAGUUUGUUGUAUCCCUGGAAAAGACGUGGAAGGGAAAAUUACUGGAGCAAAGUGAUCAGCAGAUGGAAUUCUGAACUGGACUCUUUCUAAUCUUCAAAAUCCUUUAUAGCAGAGCUACCACUCACAAGCAAGAUUACCACUCCCAUACCGCCCCAAAACAUGACGACUGCACCCUAGGCUUGAAGAUAAAUAAGACUCUGCAUUUAGAAUGUGUAUUGAUUUAUUUAUCUCUUUGAAUGUCACACUGAUUUUCAGAUUAUUUUGUUGUUGAUACGUCACUCCACACAAAUUUUAAUGCCUGCCUGAUUUUUUGAAAGAUUAUUCCUCUUAUGCUGUAUGCAAUCGAUAGAAACCUCCCUGAUUUCUGAAUGAAUCCUCCCUGAAAGCUGAAUGUAAAGGUUGGCAUGUCUGGGAAUACCAAAUGCUUCCAAGAUUAUCUAAAUGUUUUCGGUGUAAUACUUAUCUAUAUAGUUGUUAAAUGGGUAUCGUUGAGCUAAUCGAGAGUAGAAAAUUGUCUUGCACAAAGUAAUCCUUCUGUCAUUUGGUCCGCAUUGUUUUGUGCGGAACUGCGUGUGUGGCAAAUGAGUGACUGUGCCGAUUGACACUCAUGACAAGUAAAAAGUUUAUAUUUUCUGCCGAGAGUCAAAAGGGCUUUUUGUUGUUGCUGAUCAGUGCCCUUUAAACCAUAUAAAAGCUGUUUAAUUGUCACAAUACCGAUUCAAAUGUGAAUCUUUUGUCUCUCUAAUAACAUAGGAAGCCCCCCCCCCCCCCCCCCCAUUCGACACUGGAUUUUACUUCAAUAUGUAAAGUCAUAAACCAUAGCAUCAUGAAUUAACUUGAAUAGCGAAAAUUGUUAUACCUUUUAGCUAACUUACAAUAUAACCUUUUCAGUACUUGUGAAUGCUUUUCUCAUAUUCUGCAUAAACUACGCUCUUGAAGUGGAACUCCAUUCCGAGAGAAACUUUUAUGAAUUGUCAGCAUUGCUGAUGAAUGGUACAAAUGUUACAGCUCUUAUCAAUUAUUUUAUCAUCUCCUUCCUUUUUUAGUACACACCUCUUUACAGAGUAUUAUCAUACUAUACUGGGGGUGUGUGCAGGUUGACCAUGUACACCGGGGUUUCCCCCUACUCUUAUACGAAUAGUGCAGUGGGUUCUUAACGUGCAAAGGUAGUGACUAUCCUAUCCGAGGUGUUUUUCACUUAACAUUUAACAUAGCUUGCGUCUAUGAACAAGGGAAGGGACACGUUAACACACAACACAGGCUUCAGUCAUCCGUCUGGGUGGGAGUCGAACCCGGGAUCUUUGGUUCGACAGGCGGACGCUCUACCGACUGAGCCAACUCGCCUCCUCUAAACUAAAACUAGCUACUAAAGUAGUUAAAAAUUUACCCCCACCCCCUCCAGCAACAAAAAUAUACAACUGUUUAAUAGGUACCCAUAUAAGCGCAUGGGACCUUUUUUCAUAAGGCCUCACAACUCACAAAAUAUUAUGUUUCUAUGGCUAAUUAUUCAGCAAAAACCCAUUCUCCGUCAUACAUUUUUUUUUUUGGGGGGGGGGGGAGCAAAUUGUUAACUAGUAGCUAGUUCUAGUUCAAAUGAUACAAUAAUAUAUAAGACUAAUUAUUUCUAAUUCUUCACAUUUGGCAAUUUGUUUGUUUGUAGGAUUGUAUUGUAGAUCUUCAAUUUUUGCAUUAUCAUAUUUAUCAAGAAUAUGCUAGUUCAAUAAUAAUGAAAUCAUUGCACAGUUAAAAAAAAAAAAAAAUUAGAGACGAGGAAAAUAUGUUCUUGGCAGUGUAGUAUACCAAAAUUGUAACAGAUAGCUGUUGCUCCUAUGUCAUUUAUGAAAUGUAAAUUAUGUAUAUAGUACCUUGUAUUAUGCCUUUUAUAUGGUAAUUAAAUAUAAGAAACUACAA